CUGUUACCUCCCAGAGUCCGGUAACUUUUCGCAUUCAAUUCUUACAUCUACCUAAGCAUCCUAUCUCCCGCAUUCAUUAUGGGUUCGAUCAGCACUGAAACGCCUCGUGCGUGGUGGAAAGAGUCCUCGGUAUACCAGAUUUACACCCCCUCCUUCAAGGACUCGAAUGGCGACGGCAUUGGUGAUCUCCGCGGGGUAAUCGACAAAUUAGACUACAUUCAAAACCUUGGAGUGGAUAUAGUCUGGCUGAACCCGGUCUUCAAGUCACCACAGGUGGAUAUGGGAUACGAUAUCUCGGACUACGUGGACAUUCAUCCUCCGUACGGGACCGCUGCGGAUGUGGACGAAUUGACCGAGGCUCUCCACCAGCGGGGAAUGAGGCUGGUUAUGGACUUGGUCGUCAAUCAUACUUCGGACCAGCACCCCUGGUUCCAAGAAUCACGGUCAUCCCCAACAAACGAAUAUCGAGACUGGUAUAUCUGGAAAAAGCCCAAGUUCGGCAAAGAUGGCCAACGGCAGCCACCAAACAAUUGGGUAUCUUAUUUUGGAGGGAGCGCGUGGGAAUACGAUGCAGCAUCGGGGGAGUAUUACCUCCAUCUAUUCGCCAAGGAGCAACCAGAUCUCAACUGGGAAACUCCUGCGGUGCGGGCAGCUGUCGAGAAGAUCAUGCGAUAUUGGCUCGACAAAGGGAUUGACGGCUUCCGCAUGGACGUGAUCAAUUUCAUCAGCAAGGACUUGGACUUCCCCGAUGCCGCAAUCACCAAUCCAGACUCGGUAUGGCAGAACGGUGCUCAAUAUUACGCCUGUGGUCCGCGUCUGCAUGAAUAUCUUCAGGACAUUGGCAAGAUUCUGAAGGAGUACGAUGCCUUUUCAGUUGGGGAGAUGCCCGAAGUCAACGAUAGUGACGAGAUUCUCAAGGCCGUCGGCUUUGACCGAGGGGAGUUGAGUAUGAUCUUCCACUUUGAACUCAUGGGCCUCGACCACGGCGCUGGAGGGAAAUUCACGCCCCGAGAAUGGAAAGUGUCUGAACUGAAAUCAAUUGUCUCCAAAUGGCAGACGGUCAUGCAUGAGAAUAACGGUUGGAAUGCCCUCUACCUCGAGAAUCAUGACCAGCCGCGAACGGUAUCUCGAUUUGCGGUUGAUCACCCCCAGUAUCGGGCCUUGUCGGCCAAGUUGCUGGCAACAUUUUUGGGCUUCCAGAGCGGCACGGUUUUCAUCUAUCAGGGCCAAGAACUCGGCAUGGCCAAUGUUCCCCAUGAUUGGACUAUCGAUCGAUACCGAGAUAUUGAAACGCUGAAUCAUUGGGAAGAGCUCCAACUGACCAAGCAAGACCAAAGCGCUUUGCAUGCGGCCACACUGGCAGAAUACCGGAGUAAAUCCAGAGACAACGCUCGCACACCCAUCCAGUGGGAUGACUCCACGAAUGCCGGCUUCUCCACGGGUGUACCCUGGAUCCCAGUCCAUGAAGACUAUCCAGCAUGGAAUGCCGCUGCCCAGCUGGCCGAGCAAGGGAGUGUAUACCACUAUUGGGCACGCGUACUGCAACUGCGCAAGCAGUACCCGGAUAUUUUUGUGUACGGGUCGUUUGAGCUCGUCUCUUCUGACGAUUCAGAAAUCUUUGCAUAUGCCCGGCAUUCGUCGGCCGGCACGGCGCUGGUUGUCUUGAACUUUGAGCCUAAAGAGGUCUCCUGGACUAUGCCGCAGAACCUAUUCGCUGGACGGGGCGCUGAGGUCGUGUUGUCUAAUUAUUCUCGCGGGAAGAUCUCCACUGUUGCAGGGGAGAGAAUCACGCUGGCGCCGUUGGAAGCCUUUGUCUUGCUGAGUGCAACUCCGUUCGUGAGACUGUAGCGCUGAGUCCAGAUCGUAUACGAUAGGCAUAUGAGUGAGC